AGGUCUAAUGAUGGAGUCAGAGAAGAAAAUAUUUGAAAUGAUGAAUAAAAAAGCAGCGAUGUCGAAGUACUGGAUGCCCUUGGUAUGGGCGACCAACAUAAUAAAUCGCGCGAGAAAAGAGGCUCUAAUAACGAGUGAUCACGUUGUUCAGACGCUUCUGGUGGAACUGAGUGACAUCAGGAAACGUCUUGGUGCUCUCAUUGGUUAUGACACUGUCUGCGUUCCUCUGGUUUACACUCAGGUAGUAACAUUGUCCUUGUACGCGUACUUUUUCUCCGCGCUACUGGGCCGUCAGUUUGUCGUUCAUUCUGUGGGAGCUGGAAAGUACGAGGAGCCGGACAUGUAUUUCCCCGUUUUCACGACACUCCAGUUUUGCUUCUACGUGGGAUGGCUUAAGGUUGCCGAGGUGCUCAUUAAUCCGUUCGGAGAGGACGAUGAUGAUAUUGAACUUAACUGGCUCAUUGACCGUCAUAUUAAGGUUGAUAUUGUUAGCAAGAAAUUAUUACUGAAUCAUGCUAAUAAAAACUAUAUGAUUGUCGACGAAAUGCACGAAGAGCAUCCAGAGCUCCUGAAAGACCAGUACUGGGACGAGGUAGUGCCAAAAGAUUUGCCAUACACUGUCGCAAGUGAACAAUACCGUCGCGAAGAGCCAAAAGGCUCGGCAGAGCACUACAAAAUAAAAGAGAGCGAUGCCUUGUACGCAAAUGUAAUGCUGGGAUCGCAGAUGCACAGCGUAAACCAGCACAGAAAAGUUCAUCAGGAUGACGUGUAUGCCGAUUAUGAGAGUGUCGAUACGCCUUUGGUUGAAAGGAGGAAAAAUUGGCUCCAACGUCAGAUCAAUCGCAUGGGCUCUGUUAGAAGUUCCUCUACUACUUACAGCAGCAAUGGAGGCUUCUUUACACGCAAUCGACACAAUAGUGUCUACAGCAGUCCAGAAAAUGGAGUUUUACCUCAAAUUCACUCUAAUUCCAAUAACAAACCCUCGUUUUAUGAUAGAAUGGUUGGAAGAAAGAGCAUGAGAAGCCAGCGGAUGAGUCGACAAGGAACAAUGACAAAACUAAAUUCAGUCCCAGUAUCUUUGAAAAAUCGACCAAGAAUCCCAACACCGGAUGUGACAAAGGAAGUUGUAGAUCGCGAACAACGACUAGCUUUAUCUGCUAAUAACACAGCAAACAUCGGAGCAGGAGUAGUGGGAGUAAUCCCCGCGAAUGGAACAUAUUCAUCAGACGUCCCGACAGUGGUUCACGUUGUUCUGUCCCCAAUCGCAGAGACAGAAAACAAUCAAGCGUCAGGAAAAGGCGGAACUGCUACUCUAGCCCAAGCAGUUUUGUCUCCAACGCUAACUUCUGCGGGAAUAGUAACUCCAGUGACUCUGACACCUGUCACGAUGAGCCAGUUGACCCAGCUGGGGAUAGUGACAACCGCAUCUUCGCCAAUGCCGCGAAUCAACAACGUCCAGACGCCCAGCAACAAUUCUCUCGAAGAGAGAACAACAUUGACAGAAGUAAACAGCAUCGAGGAGGAAGAAAGGUCCACCGAAGGAAGUAGCAUAAAUUCUCAGAGCACGGCGACCACCGUCGAGCAGCAAAACGACGAAGACUCUGAACUGGAUGAGGACGAGAACGAUCGCUCGACCCCGAUGAUUGGCGAGCGUCAAAGUCCCACUGGUGGGAGCCACGGAAGCACUCCGACUUUUGACUCCUACAACGAACGCUCGGCCAUUCUGAUGAGCCCGGACAAACUCGGCGGGUACAUUGUCAACCCGGUAUCGGAGAUUCAGCAGAAACAGAGUAAUUUAGACGCUCGAGGCAGACGAUCUACUUCUCUGCCUUGUCCUCCAGCCAGUAUGCUACGUGAUGAUCGCAGUAAUUCGUUACCUCACUCGCCUGCGAUUCCUGCUGUAAAUAAACACGUUAAUCCGGUGAUAGGUGGGUUGAAUUCUCUCAAUUUGGACGGCAGGCAGAGGACGGGGAGUAUUGGCAGAGAGCUCACGAGGUCUAGAAUUCACGAGCCUCAUCGACGCAUCAGUACACCUGCUAGUACCAAUUCUAAUAUAUUAGCUGCUAAUAGUAAUGUUACAAGACAGAAUUUGCCUGAUAAUAAUCGCGAUGAAAUAACUUAG